GCUGCCAACCCGUACUGGCAAAGCCGGGGCAGCGUGAUUUCAGGGGGCCGGUUCCGGUGCCCAUCGUGUCGUCAUGAGGUGCUGCUGGACCGUCACGGUGUCUACGGGCGUGGCCGUGCCUCUCUCUCCAGCAGGCCACUGAAGAAGGGGAAACACCCCAUGUGCAAGGAGCAUGAGGACGAGCGGAUCAACAUCUACUGUGUCACCUGUGAGGUCCCCACCUGCUCCAUGUGCAAAGUCUUCGGUGCCCACAAGGACUGCGAGGUUGCUCCCCUGCAAACCAUCUUCCAGGGCCAGAAGACUGAGCUGAACAACUGCAUCUCCAUGCUGGUGGCAGGGAACGACCGGAUCCAAACGAUCAUCUCCCAGUUGGAGGACUCAUGCCGGAGCACCGAGGAGAACAGUGAGGCAGCCAAGCGGGAGCUGUGCGCUCGCUUCGACACCUUGUCAGCGCUGCUGGAGGAGAAGAAGUCAGAGCUGCUGCAGCGCAUCACCCACGAGCAGGGUGACAAGACCAGCUUCGUCCAGAGCCUCAUCAGCCAGUACAAGGAGCAACUGGAGAAGUCGAGCCAGCUGGUGGAGACGGCCAUCCAGGCGAUGGAGGAGACUGGAGGGGCUGCCUUCCUCAUGAACGCCAAGCAGCUCAUUAAAACGAUUGUGGAGGCUUCCAAGGGCGGCAGCCCCCAAACCCCCGAUGCCCCUUUCCCAACUCCCACUGACCUGGUGGCACCCAUCACCUUUCCCUGUGACCCCACGGUGAUGUUUGGUCACCUGUUUGCAGCUGAGGAAGAUGAGGAGUACUUUGAUGGGGAGGAAGAAGAGCUGGAGGAGGAUGCGGUGCCUGAGAGGACGGUGAUGG